UAGCAUGCCAUCGAAUACAUAAAUUAUAGAUAGAUAUAUUCUCAUCAUCAAUCAUAGACACGAGAGACAUAAUAACAUAUUACCAACAUUGAGAAUGGCACCAUCGCAAAUUUCUCCUGUUCGCCACAACGGCAAACACCGCUCCAGCCGCCUUCGCUGCUGCUCGUGUGUCUCGUGGAAGCUCCGCGGCUGGACCAUGGACCCGGACCUGGACCUCGACCUAGACAUGGAUAUGGAGACGCUCGCCGGCGACAGCGGCGGCGAGGCCGAGCGCAACGAAGCCGCCGAGGCCGAGGCUGAGGUGGAGCGGUACGAGGCCGCCGAAGCCGAGGCCGACAUCCUCCGCGACCGAUUCCGCCUCGCCGUCAUCAGCAUCGCCACCGCCGAAGGAAAGAAGGCCGGAAUGACGGUCGCCGACCCCGUUGUUUCCUGCAUCGCCGACUUGGCGUUCAAGAGCGCAGAGCAGCUAGCAAAGGAUGCAGAGUUGUUUGCACAGCAUGCCGGUCGCAAAUCCGUCAGGAUGGAUGAUGUCAUACUCACAGUCCAGCUCACAGGAACGAGCAUCUUAUGGGCCUGCUGCGGACCUUCUCUCAGGAGCUGAAGGGAAAGGAGCCUGCCAGUGAGAGGAAGAGAAAGAAAUCGUCCAAGAAGGAUGAGACGGUGAUCGAGGUCUGAUUUCAGAUCUGUCCUCUUUUUUUUUAGAGAGGAAGGCAUGCAUUUUUAUCUCGCGAGGUCCUCCCGGCUUGUACAGCUUCCUUGUGUCGAUACUAUCUUCCAUGUCAUUUCGCAGAACUUUUCUUCUACGAACCCUUUCAUCCUAGUCAGUUUUUCUAGUCAGUUAUUGAUGGUACUUGAGUUGAGCUUGCUUUCUCAACUGCACAUAGCAUUAGUACUGAGUCCAGGAGCUGUCCCUGUUCAUGUGGAGUUGUGGACAGGAAAGAUGAGCUCGCGGGCAGCGUGUCUCUUCUCUCAGUCCGUCGAUAAAAGUUACAUUCAACAAUUGGUCCUUUUCUAAUACUCUUUUCAUUCUAAUUUAUAAUUGGGUUUACUUUUUUUA